AUGAAUGCUUCUAGUAACUAUCUGUUGAAGGUGGAUAUUAAGAAAGCCUAUGAUUAUGUGAAAUGGGAAUUUUUGGGGGAGAUUUUGCAAGCAUUAAAUUUCCCAGAUAAGCUCAUUCUUUGGGUUAUGACUUGUGUUACCACUGCUUCUUUCUCUUUAAGCAUUAAUGGUAAUCUGGAAGGGUUUUUUCAUGGUAAGAGGGGUUUAAGGCAAGGUGAUAUUAUGCCACCUUUGCCUUUCGUGAUCUGUAUGGAAUACCUAUCAAGAAUUCUGAAGAUGGUGGGUGAGCAUAAGAGUUCCUCUUUUCACUCUAAAUGCAGAUGUUUGAAGUUUAAUCAUCUAGUGUUUGCUGAUGAUUUAAUUCUUUUCAGCAAAGUUGACAAGAGUUUUGUGGUGAUGCUUAUGAGAAUCUUAGCUACUUUUGCUUUUGCUUCUGGUUUGGUGGCCAAUAAUGAUGGGAAGUCUAAUAUUUAA